AUGCCGACUCCCGAAUCAGAGGCCUUCCUGGCAAAGAAGCCUACCGUACCACCUACCUUCGAGGGCGUCGAUAUGCUCGACAACAAGGCGGUGUACGAUGCAAGAGAUGCAAUCAUUCGAGAGCAAUGGGUACAACAGAUGAUGGCUAGACUAGUCAGGGAGGAGCUCGGCAAAUGCUACGUGCGAGAAGGCGUCAACCACCUCCAAAACUGCGGAAAAUACAGAGGUACAAUCACCAUACUUUCUACAUACUACUCAACGCGCAUUUCCGCUCAGCUAAACCCCUUCCAAAAAAAAAAAACAGAUCGCUACAUCCAGCUCCUGAAAGAAAACAAAGAAAAGGGCUACCGAGGCCGACAGCAAAACUACGACCCUCUAGCAUACGAAAAGGCUCUCAACCACCCCAAGAACAAAGGUAUCGUUCCCCCCUCCCCCACCCCCAAAACAAACCAAAGAUAUCCCACAACCUGUCCCGUCUUCCCAAUCCCCAAACAAAUUCCUUCUCACUUACCCUUCUCUCUCCCUUGCGACCACACAGAUCGCGUAGCAUCCCUGCUCGAGAAACUCAAGUCCGAAGGCCGUGAGAUCCAUUCUCUCGGCAACCCGCACGGCCCGGAGAUCCCGACCGAUUACCCGACUGUGCAGCAGGCGAAGGGGGCGGCGGGGUCGGAUAAGAGACCGGGAAAUACGACGGGGUUCGGUCCGAAUGGGAUGGGGUGGUAUUGA